CACGUGCGCUCGCUUGAUAACGGCUGAAGAAGAAGCCCUGGGCUCACUUUUGGGAGUCCGGUUGGAGCAACGCAUGGUCACCGCGCCAAUGCGUGGAGGCCAUGGAUCACAUGGGACUAGCGGCACAUCUGCAGCAGCAGCACACGCACGCGCAAGAGUCUAUCAGUUUCGGAAUCGACCAGAUUCUUUGCAGCGUGGAUCAGAGUUGCAUGCUGACUGCGAGGAUGCACGAGCCGGAUUAUGGACACUCGGUUUACAACGGCAACGCCAACAAUGGCUUCGCCGGAUAUAACUGCAACGGCACUUCGCUCGGUGGGUCUUAUCACAUGAACGUGGGGGUCAAUGUGAGCGGGCCUAAUCCCGUCGGGGUCAUCCGCGUGCCUGCGCACCGACCGGUGGGUGGCGGGAACUCUUGUAUGCCGCCGGUAACCGGGAACAUCAACAACAUCAGUGCGCUUACCUUCCCUUGGAUGGAGAGCAACAGACGGUACACAAAAGACAGGUUCACAGUGUCUCUCUCACCGCUCACUGUUACACGUCGUGUAGGACACCCCUACCAGAAUCGGACGCCGCCGAAGAAGAAGAAGCCACGGACUUCAUUUACACGACUGCAGAUCUGCGAGCUGGAGAAGCGCUUCCACCGCCAGAAAUACUUGGCGUCUGCGGAGCGGGCCACUCUUGCCAAAGCCCUCAAAAUGACCGAUGCUCAGGUCAAAACCUGGUUCCAAAAUAGACGUACUAAAUGGAGGAGGCAGACGGCGGAGGAAAGAGAAGCCGAAAGACAGCAAGCCAACCGGAUUCUAAUGCAACUGCAGCAGGAGGCCUUCCAGAAGUCCACCAACCAGCCGGUGACACCGGACCCGCUUUGCUUACAGAAUAGCUCUUUGUUCGCCCUGCAGAACCUGCAACCGUGGACCGAGAACACCACCAAGAUCAGCAACGUUACGGCCUGCGAGUAGGUGGCGAAUGUUUCUGCGG